GAGCUGCCUGGACGUCGCUGCGGAAUCUGGGCUGCGCUGUUGGAAACAUAGGGAUUUUUGUAUCAUCCCCGGAUAACGCUAGUAAUAGAACUCAGCAGGUGAGAGGUUCGGUUGGAGCCAAUCAACACGGUACUGAUUGAUUAUCGGAAUGAUUAGUGACAAACGAGGAUGGAGCAACGAUGCCUUUCGGUAACACGCACAACCAGAUGAAAAUGAAUUACUCCGCGGAGCAGGAGUAUCCGGACCUCAGUAAACACAACAACCACAUGGCCAAGGUGCUGACUCCCGCCAUAUACGACCGCCUGAGGAGCAAGCAGACCCCCAGCGGCUUCACCCUGGAUGACGUCAUCCAGACCGGGGUGGACAACCCAGGCCAUCCCUUCAUCAUGACGGUGGGCUGCGUCGCCGGAGACGAGGAGACGUACGAGGUCUUCAAGGAGCUCCUGGACCCCGUGAUCGAGGACAGACACGGAGGAUACAAACCCUCAGACAAGCACAAGACGGACCUGAACCCGGACAACCUGAAGGGCGGCGACGACCUCGACCCCAAUUAUGUGCUGAGCUCCAGAGUCCGCACGGGCCGCAGCAUCCGGGGCUUCUGCCUGCCCCCCCACUGCAGCCGAGGAGAGAGGCGCAUGGUGGAGAAGCUCUCCAACGAAGCUCUGGACUCCCUGACUGGAGACUUGAAGGGGAAGUAUUACGCCCUGAAGAACAUGACGGACGCCGAACAGCAGCAGCUCAUCGACGACCACUUCCUCUUCGACAAGCCGGUGUCCCCCCUGCUGCUGGCGUCCGGAAUGGCGCGGGACUGGCCUGACGCCAGGGGCAUUUGGCACAACGACAACAAGACCUUCCUGGUGUGGGUGAACGAGGAGGACCACCUGCGCGUCAUCUCCAUGCAGAAAGGAGGCAACAUGAAAGAAGUGUUCAACCGCUUCUGCACGGGACUCACUAAGAUCGAGAGCCUGUUCAAGGAGAAGGGCCACGAGUUCAUGUGGAACGAGCACCUGGGUUACGUCCUCACCUGCCCGUCCAACCUGGGCACCGGCCUUCGCGCCGGCGUGCACAUGAAGCUUCCCAACAUGAGCAAGCACGCCAAGUUUGAGGAGGUCCUCAAGCGGCUGAGGCUCCAGAAGCGUGGAACAGGCGGCGUGGACACCGCCGCCGUUGGUGGCGUGUUCGACAUCUCCAACGCCGACCGGCUGGGUUUCUCAGAGGUGGAGCUGGUGCAGAUGGUGGUUGAUGGGGUCAAGCUGCUGACGGAGAUGGAGAAGAGGCUGGAGAAGGGCCAGUCUAUAGAUGACCUGAUCCCCGCCCAGAAGUGAAGCGCUCCUCACCCCCUCACCCCUUCUUCCCCCUGUGGAACGACUCUCCUGGAAUGCACUUUCACUUUGGAGCUGUAUUUAAGACAAAACCCUUUCUGUAAUGUUAAGAUCUGAAAUGAAAUAAAUGUUCUGGUUG